AUGUUUUUCUAUCUAUCUAUCUAUCUAUCUACCGAAAAAAUCUGUCUGAAUUGUAUAUCUCACAAUUUUCAUCUAUCUACAAAUCUAUCUAUUAUCUAUCUAUCAAACUAUUUAUUUAUUUUAUUUGUCUGUGUGAGCUAUCUCACAUAUUAUCUAUCUAUCUAUCUAUCUAUCUAUCUAUCUAUCUAUCUAUCUAUUUCCUUAUCUGUCUGUCUAGCUAUCUCGAAAUAUUCUAUCUAUCUAUCUAUCUAUCUAUUUAUCUAUCUAUCUAUCUAUCUAUCUAUUUCUUAUCUGUCCUGUUUCCUAUCUCACAUAUUCAUCUAUCUAUUAUCUAUCUAUCUAUCUGUCUAUCUAUUUGAAAAUUUGUAUAUCUGGUCUGUCCAUCUAUCUCUGUCCACUAAUCUAAAAAUCUAUCUAUCUAUUUGUCUAUCUAUCUAUCUUUCUAUCCAUCUAUCAUUAAAUCUAUCUAUCGGAAGGUCAUUUCCUUAUCUGUCCAUCUUCUAUCUAUCUAUUUUUAUCUGUCUGUCAAAGCUAAAAAUUCUAUCCAUCUAUCUAUCCAUCCAUCUAUCUAUCUAUCAAAUAUUUAAUCUAAUCUAUCCAAACAUCUAUCUAUCUAUUCUAAUCAUCUGUCUAUCUAUAUCAUCUAUCUAUCUAUCUAUCUAUCUAUUUCCUUAUCUAUCUAUCUAUCUAUCUAUUUCCUUAUCUGUCUGUCUAUUAUCUCACAUAUUCUAUCUAUCUAUCUAUCUAUCUAUCUAUCUAUCUAUCUAUCUAUCUAUUUCCUUAUCUGUCUGUCUAGCUAUCUCACAUAUUCUAUCUAUCUAUCUAUCUAUCUAUCUAUCUAUCUAUCUAUCUAUCUAUUUCCUUAUCUGUCUGUCUAGCAAAACAAAACAUAUUCUAUCUAUCUAUCUAUCUAUCUAUCUAUCUAUCUAUCUAUCUAUCUGUCUAUGUUCCGGAUAUACGUGA